UAAAAAGAAAACUAAACUCAAAUCGGAUUUCGAAUAUGUCUGUAACGUAACAAAAUGUGGGAAAAGUGAAGGGGUGUGAAUACUUUCUGAUGGCACUGUAUAUUUAUAUAUUGAUGACAGAUUGGCAAAAACAAAGCUGUCUUUAAAAUAUUGGUUACAUUAGAUUGAAAAGACAGGCAGAUUAUGUGUCCUUUUAUGCCUUUGAUUGUCCUCUUAAGACAGUAUCUGCUCAUGUUUGUGUUUGUGUAUGUGGUGUGUGCUGAUAAACCAUGCGUGUCCUUUUAAACACUCUUCAGGUCAUGUCUCUCUAAGGCUGUAAAAUGUCAGGUAUAUGAUAUUGCCAUGAUUUUAAAAUAAAAAGGUGAUUCUAAUUUGGAUGUAUCUUUAGCAGGUUUAAAUACAUUUUUGGGAGUUACUUGCACAUUGAUAGCAUAUGUGGAAAGUGGUGUCCCCAUAAAGUAGGUACUGAGUCAGGUGUCCUCAUAUACCAUAAUUACCAGUAUGUAUGUGUGUGUGUGUGUGUGUGUGUGUUCUCUAUGAGAAAAACGUGAGUGAUGAGAAAUGUGACUCAUUCACUCAUCACGCAUCCAUCCCUCGACCAACACCCGCCACAACCGACCAAUCAGAGUAGAGGACGGUGUGAGUAGGCGGGGCUGGGACCUCACAGCCCUAAUGGAAACUCCGCUCAGUGUCAUAAACGGUCAAUUCCUGCGAUACACAGUGGAGUGAAUUUGGGCUUUGGGUCAAUUCUGAGACUCUGAGAAGAAAACGAGCAUAAAAUGUUCCCCGAGUCUUCCACAGGAUACGGUUAUGAGGCGUGCAAGGCUACUGCUGACUGGCUGCUGGCUCAGGCCUCAGUCCGACCCCUGGUGGGAAUUGUGUGCGGCUCAGGCCUCGGUGGCUUGGCAGAUAUGCUGAAGGAUCAGAAGGUUGUGCGAUACAGCGAUAUUCCCAACUUUCCCCAGAGCACAGUGCAUGGUCACGCUGGCCGGUUGGUGUUUGGCACUCUUAAAGGAAAGCCGUGUGUUUGCAUGCAGGGAAGGUUUCACCUCUAUGAAGGAUAUCCUAUUCAGAAGAUCAUCAUGCCCAUACGCGUCUUCAAGCUGAUGGGUGUCGAGACGGUCAUCCUGACGAAUGCUGCCGGAGGGCUGAACCAGGACUACAAAGUUGGAGAUGUCAUGAUUAUUAAAGACCACCUCAACAUGCCAGGUUUUUCUGGGAACAACCCCCUAUGUGGACCCAACGAUGAGAGGUUUGGGACUCGUUUCCCGUGCAUGUCUGAUGCCUAUAGCAGGCGGCUGUGUCAGCUGGCUCAGGAAGCAGGGACAGAGCUUGGCUACUCUGACUUUCUGAGAGAGGGGGUGUACUGUGUGCUGGGAGGACCAUCCUUUGAGACCAUCGCUGAGUGCAGGAUGCUUAACCGCUUAGGUGCAGAUGCUGUCGGAAUGAGCACGGUGCAUGAGGUGAUCGCGGCGCGUCACUGCGGAAUGCAAGUGUUCGCCCUCUCCCUCAUCACCAACAAGGCCGUGAUGGACUACGACAGUGAAGAGAAGGCCAAUCAUGAAGAGGUUCUGCAGACUGGUGAGCAGCGCUCCCAGCAGCUGGUGAAGCUGGUCUCCACCCUCGUCACACGCAUCACCCCUAACAAUGAUGAAUGUUGAGAGUCCCAUGGCCUCUGAUUUCAAAAAACGAAGUGUAAUGUGCAUCAUGCUUUGACAUUUUGCACUACUCCCUUUGCACUUCUACAACCUGCUGUUACUGGCUCCUAAAAUGAUUAGAUUGGGUUAUUGGGUUGUGAUCUAUUUAGAGUUCUUAUACUGUACUGUGUAUGUUAACAUUCCCAAGGGAAAGUUUGUUCCAGUGUAAUGUCUUAAAAACAGACCAAAGCCAGCAUGGCUGCACUUCAUACAUAUUGUAAUGUUCAUAGUUCACCAUUAAGAGUUAUUAUAAUAAUUAUUGUCAUUCAUUUAACAGAUCCCUUUUCUCAAACUAUUUAUUAGCUGUUUUAAGCACAGCUCUAAUUAUAACUUAAACAAAGAAGACUAAUAAUGAGGAUGUGAUCUUUUUAUUUAUCUUUCUUGAACAACUGUAACAUUUUUAUGUUCUCAUUGGGAUUUUUAUUUUCUUUUUUCAUUAUAUAUUUAAGUAGUGUAUUUAUGUUAGGUAACUUUAAAAACUGUUCUCUGUGUUUUAUUGAGAUGUAUUUUUAUCUGAUACUGAAUUAAGCAUUUAUAAUGAGCAGGAUUAUACUACACAGCUUUUCUUAAUUAACGAUAAAUUUGAGAUGGAAUGUG